ACCAAGCUGGAGAUCCAACACCCGGUAUACACUCUUCUCAUGGCUUCUAGUUCACAAUCUUCGCAAACCAUAGCUACCGCUGGCGAUAGCAUCGCUAAGCCUUGGAAAGAUGUUGGGUAUCGUGGGUUUUCAGCCUUCCUUGCCUCGGAUAACGACUUCCUGAUCUUCAGGAAAUUUGGGACGUUAAGCGCGAGGUUGUUGUUGUACUUGCAAGACGAGAUCGCCGUACUUGAGGAAGCCUUAAGGGACAUCGAGGAUAAGCACAGCGGUCCUACUGCGCCGGACUUACAUAACGGUUCUUUCCGACAAGAUCAACUCACAGAACGGAAGGCUCUACUGGACACGCUUAGUGUAAAAGUGAGAGCGUACAAUGAGCUCCUACUCCAGCACUCCACACUCCGAGAACGUCCACUUGUGGACAAGCGAUACACACAGAGCAUAUCGAACUGGUUGUACAACGAGGAGAAUGCGAUCGCCGAGAAUGAGGUCAAGUACAUAGAGAACCGGUUCGACUUGGUACAGCUUGUCCCGAAACCCAGAACCCAUCUGCGCCGAUUGCUCGAAAAGUCCACACGGUUUCGGCUCUCCAGGAUCUGGGCAUCAAGAGAUCCACCACUUCCGCUGCAUAGUGCGCACGUGGAGAAUCUGCACUACUCUUCAGACACCAGGAUCGAUAACUUCUUCGGCCUUACAGUCAUCGUCCUUGGGAUGCUGAUGUUGAUCGCACCAUUGUGGGCGCUCGCGGUUACUGCAGGUACAAUGAGGAGACUAGGCGUCAUAACAGGGUUCAUCGUCUUGUUCCUGGGCUUGAUAGCAUGUACGACCACUGCAAGGCCGUUUGAGACACUAGCAGCUGCGGCGGCGUACUCGGCAGUGCUGGUCGUGUUUCUGCAGAGUGCGUAGGAAAUCGGAAAGGUUCAAUACGAAGCUGUUCUUGAGUGUCUAUAACGUAUCGGGGGGCGUUGCCACGAUGCCGACGAGGUGUGUCACUACACAACGACCCUAUCUUGGUCGUGAGUCCAGUCUUCCAUUACGGCUUGAUAGAACCAGUCCUCACCGAUGGCUUCAUAAACAUCUUGUAACACAGUCCACGGGAACACUUCGAUGGAGACGGGCACUUCCGCAUCUGUCUUAUCGUCAAGGUAGAUAGAGUUGAGAACUUUCAAUGUUGGUGGCCGGACAAUGUUGACGUAAGGACUCUUGCCCCAAAGCCGGGUCUCGCGGGUAGCGUAUGGGCAUCCCGAGUUGGUAUUGCCUCUCUUCAGGCAGUGCCAGGAAUUGUAGACAGCUGUCGAGUGCUUCGGCAUCCACAUGCACGCAGUAUUCGGAAUAGUAGACAUCGGGUCUCGCUUUUCCUUGCCCUUGUAUAUGAUUCCCAAUCCAGUCUGCGUGAAUCGCUU